UUGUUUCACUGACAGAACGAAUGUCAAAAAUUAAAAUUUGUAAUAUGGCGCGAUAUCGUGACUUUGAUAGAAAUUUUUGAAAGUCAAUGUGAAUGAUUCUUCGAGGAAUAAAAUUCGCUAGUGAAACAUGAAGCCUGCAUCGACCCUUGUAUCAGCUGAAAGUGGUUCAUCGUAUUCGAAUAGCCUUGGCCCUCGGACAAGGAGUAAUCAUUGGACAGAUACGUUAACCUCCUUUCAGAAGAAUAAAGUGUCCCUUGAAUGCAGACAAGCACAACUUACUAGUAGACUCGAAAUUCUUGAGCGCAAUUUACCUAAUAUUUUUCUGAAGAUCAGUCAGUCCUUAAAAUCUGGUGAAGAUGUUCCUGAUAUAGACCUGGAAAGUAUUCUUGCAGAAUCAGGAAUUCCUACGUGUCCUUGUGCGCCCUGUAGACAUCCUGAUUGUUUAAAAUAUUCAGAAUAUCAGAGCACAUGUAACAAACAAUCACAUGACUUACAAUUGGUCUACGAUAGAAGAAAUGGUUCUUACGCUGAUGAAAAUUCGAAUAAAAUGAAGUGUCCAAUGGCGUGCAAACAAAAUCCUCCAGCAUGCAAUAGAGCUUCGUAUGGAGAUUCCAACUCUGUUUCCGUAGUGACCUCGGCUGAUCUUGUCACGAUCAACAAGGUUCAAGAAUUGGCCAAGCAGGAGCGUGAACUGAAGAAACAUAUAGAGCAGUUAGAAAGCCGGGAAAGGAUGUUCAUAAAAACAUUAAAAAAGGCAAAUGUGUUAUUAAAUGAUCCACGUCAAAUACAUAAAAGUUCAUCAACCUCAGCCCAUCCAAAAGGGUCGUCUUUCGAUAAUCCACAAUUAAUCAGACUACAGAAACUAGAAUCUCACAACAAGAAGGUGAUUGAAAACAUGAAUGAUUUACGCGAGGACAAGAAGCAGCUGGUGAAACAGACUGAAGUUCUGAAAAAUCAACUCAAGGACACGCAGAGGAAGCUUGGUGUUGUUCAAAAAGAAGUAUUUGGCGGGGAAAUUGUUAGGUGCGAUUGUAAGAUUCCGUCGAGCAGAUCCUUUCAAAGGAAAUACAGCUGUCCGUCGCUGAUUGCUAAAGAUCAAAGCACAAAUGAGGACAGUGUCACUCUUAUAGAAUUGGCUAAACAAUUUGAAGAGGCCCUUGAGAAAGUGCAGAAUCAUGGUUUGUGCAAUCUCGCCAGUCUCGUAAAGGCAGCCGCGUCAACGUUGAAGGAGCUGAGCAGGGUCGAGGAACAGAAAUGCCUUUGUAAUUGCAACUGUGAUUUUGCUGCGAAUGAUUAUUCCGAACUCGAAGAGACGUUUACCUGCAAUUGCGACGACUGGGGACCGGAUGAGCUGGGUCCUUCCGGUGAAUGGAUUUGUAAAAACUGUGGAGGAAUACAUUACAGCGAAUCCGACGUGGCACGAUCUAUUUCUAAACAAAUGCCCGAUAAAAAAAUGAAUAUUAAACACUCUGCUAAAACUGAAAAUCAGAAAAAAUCAAUUUGUAAUUGUGGAUGCGGCACGACCAGUGUGCCGUGCGAUUGCGGCUGUAACGAUACUAAGAGAAAAUUAAUAUUACCCAAAUUCGAUGGCAAAAGCAAAUCUUCGAGAAAACCAGUUAGUGCUAUAUCUCAGAUGAGCUGCAAUCUGGACUGUCUAAGAGAAUGUGUAAUCAGUAAAUCGCAAGCAAAUAAGAUAAGUCAAGACAGUUCGGAAAAUACAUUAAAAACUCCUGACAAAUUCGGAAUAUCCAAGAAGCAAAAGUCGAUGGAAUGCGUGUCUAUUGAUUGGAGUGAUGUAGGAGAAUUUGACACACGUUCUGUAAAGAUAGGAGUCAAUAUAUCCGGAACACCCGUUACAUUGAGUCAGUGCAGUGACAAGACAGUAGACGAGGAUAAAGAGGAGGGCUAUGUGAUGUUAUUGAAGAAAGGGAAAGUGAAGAUCAUGGAAAGUAAAUCACCCAGUGGAACCACACUGGCACACAGUAAAUCUUUGACGAAGGAUUGGCAACCGUGUGUGGAUCUUAAAAAAAAUUUAAUAUGUCCAGGGGAAAAGGACGGCUGUUAUUGCAUAAAGAUGCACGAUUCAGGAAAUGCCUGUCAGUACAAAAACAAUGGUUCGUUGAAGGAUGUUAAUAUUCAAAAAGGAUCGAAAUUAGCGGAUGCGAAUUUCUUAACUUCGUGCAGUUCAAAGCCAAGAUAUAAGAACUUAAACAGUAUCCAUCAUCAUUCGAAAAUUGUUAUGAGUUCAUCUUCUAGUGGACAAGGUACAGACUGCUUCAAACGGCAUGAUGGCAAUUCUUGCGAUACAAAAAUCGAUUCCAAACCACGGAUAAAAGCGAAUCAGAAGUCUUUGAAGACUACAAAUUUACCUGCAUUUUCACGCGAUAAAGUGACAAAGAUAAAGAAGAACAAAUUCCCCGUACAAAAUAAUAAAGACAGAUUGGAGUGCGAGGGACAGAAUCCAUGUGUCGAUUGUCUGCGUGAGGAAAAUAAUGUUGAAAAUAACGCAUCUUUACAAAAUCCUUCCUGGAAUAGCGAUCAUCUUUGCCCAGAGUGUUGGGCCAGAGAGAAAAAUCACACGGCAUAUCCUGUAUCACAAAAUGUGGAAAAAUUGUGUCCAUGCGGUUGUGGUUUCUCCGUCGAUGGUGAGAACGAAACUUGCCCUUGCGGAUGUGGUAAACUUGCAGAGUCCCCACCCAGAAAGGAUGCUUGCUUUACUACACAGCCAAAAGAAAUACGAGCUCUCGCGACCGAGUGCGACUGCGAACUUUUCGGCAAUUGCAAACUUUGUGCUUGUCCGGAAGACUUUUGUGAAGGACCUAAGGAAAACAUCGUUCCGCGACCCUCAAAGUUAUUUUCCAAUAACGUAAGCAAGGGUGCGCGACAGCGACAGCUGGAGUCGAAAUGUCGACAAGAGAUUUAUACAGAUAGCAACAAACGGAAGAAGUUACAAGAGAUAAUAAGCAGGUGUUGCUAUUCGAACAAGAACAUGCGGAAUAACUUUGACGAGGAAUGUUCUUCUCCGACAACCAUAAAACCUACGUUGUCCGGACUUACGACGGCCGUUGAGAUUCUGCGUGCGAAAUGCCGCAAUAAAGACAGCAUAAUUGCCGUUCUGGCUAAAGAAUUGAGAGGAUCCGGAAGUAUAGACAAAAUCACGAAAAAUUUAGCCACACCUUGUCUGAGUUCUACCGCGUGGGAUUUUGAUAAGUGUGCGUUAUACAAUUAUCUGACUGGCAUCGAAAUUGUAAAAUGUGACAAGUCAGCUGCUUCCGAUUCUGCGAAUACAAUUCCAAAACCAAGUAAUUUCAAAGUCGUUCGAGAAAUAUGCGGCUGCGUUUUACUCUCGUGGGAAAUGCCAGAAGACAUCAGUCGGAUCAAAGGAUACAAGAUCUUCGUGAAUGGAUACUUUGCGGCUCACGUAAGAUCUCCCACACGUACAGAAGCUUUAUUGGAUCCAUUAGAUAUUUCAGAAGAAUGCACUCUCAAGCUAUACGCCAUAGAUAUUAAAGGGAACCUCUCUGAUUCCGUAACUACAAUUUACCAAUCAUGUUGUCCAGGGGAUGAUUGAAUUUUCCAAGUGAUGUCUCAAUUUCAAUUUAUUUAAUUCAUGACUUUUGUCACAUGUACGUCCACAGUGUAUUAUUAUGCGAUUACCAUAAUAGGAAUUCUUGGAUAAUAGGGAUCAAAUUCUAAUUCAUU